AUUCAUUCGCCGCUUCUCAGGUUGCCAGGCAAGGUCGCCGUCAUCACAGGCGGCGCAAGAGGGAUCGGCGCCGGAACGGCCAAGCUCUUCGCCGCCAACGGCGCCCACGUCGUGAUCGCCGACGUCCUCGACGACAUCGGAGCCGCUCUAGCCGCCUCCAUCGGCGGCCGAUACAUCCACUGCGACGUCACCCUCGAAUCCGACGUGGAGGCCGCCGUGAACCUCGCCGUGACCUGGAAGGGCAAAAUCGACAUCAUGUUCAACAACGCCGGGAUCCCGGGCCGCGACGGCAGCAUCACAAACCUAGAUCCCGGCGACACCAAUCGAAUCCUGGCCGUCAAUCUCCAGGGCGUGCUGAACGGGAUCAAGCACGCCGCCAGAUCCAUGAUCCGGACGGGCACCCGGGGGUCGAUCAUCUGCGCGGCGAGCUCCGCGGCGGUGAUGGGCGGAUUGGGGUCGCACGGCUACACGGCGUCGAAGGGGGCGGUGGUGGCGGCGGCGAGGAGCAGCGCGUGCGAAUUGGGGGAGUACGGGAUCCGGGUGAAUUGCAUAUCGGCGCACGGGGUGCCGUCGGAGAUGCUGGUCGGGGCGUACCGGCGGAUUCUGGGGAGGGCGGAGAUGGCGGCGGAGGAGGUGGCGGAGAUUGUUGGGGAAAGGGGGAGUUUGGUGAAGGGCAGAGGAGGGAAAGUGGAGGAUGUUGCAUACGGCGCCGUUUUCCUGGCGAGUGAGGAGGAGGCUGGGUUUGUUACUGGGCAUAACCUUGUGAUUGAUGGAGGGUAUACUUGUGCUAAUGGGAACAUGAGCUUCAUUUACAGGGAAGAUUAA